CAUAAAGCACACUCCGCUGGUCUCUUGCCCUUUUCUGUGGUAUCAAUAGUUUUCUCUCCCCCUCUUUCUCUCCCUUUCUCUCCUUCCUCUCCCUUCCUCUCCUUCCUCUCCCUCCCUCCCUCCCUCCCUUUCCCACCCCUUAGCGUUCAACCGUGGUGUAACAGCAAGGUCUUCCGUGCUUGGUCUUGAACUAUCAUCGUGUUGUGAGGCAUCCGGAAUUGACAUCUCUAGUAGAUUCUCCAGCUGUGGAUCUCUAGUUCUCCGCAAGGGGGAACCUAUACUUUCUAACUGCAUUCGAAAGGCUCUCUCACCCGAACGAUUUCUAGCCCCAACUUCAUGUCUAAACAAUCCAACGGCACUAAUGGCGCCCCUCCGGCUGAGGGGAGUGCUACCCAAAUUACCGUCGUUGCUCCGGUUGACGAAAAUUCUGUCGAAGCUGCCAAGGAACUCUCCACUGCUGAAAGGCUCAUGCAGCAGCACGCCAUAGUUGCUCAGAGGGAGGCCACCACUUCCCAGGCCAAGAAUGAAGACGCUACUGUCACUGAUGCCCCUAUUGCCAAGGUUGAGAAGAGAUUCCCAAAGCAGAAUGAGAAGCCUGAGGUCCGUGGUCUCGAUGUUUCCUCCGAUGAAGCUUUCCCUACCCUCGGCGGUGGUUCCGGCAAGCCUAACCUCGCACGCGUUCCCUUCGGAUGGGGUGCUGGUAUGGCUGCCCCGAUGGCAAAUGGUAAUGGGUAUAAUGGGGAAUCUGCAACAGCUUCUGCUAGUGCUUUCACUCCAGCCGUACAGGGGUCUAGUGGUCAGUCUACCAUUUACCUCUUGCCGACUCAGAAAAGACAUUUGAGCGAGCUGAGGAAGCCUCCUAACGAAUUGGCCAAGGAUAUCAUGAGAAGCACUGGUACCAAGAUUGAGAUGCAACAGACAUCUACGCAAACUACUGUCUUCAUUAUCUCUGGAACCGAGGCCAACAGGCAGAAGGCUAACAGAGAAAUUCACAAAGAAAUGUCUGCGAAGAAAACUGUUACCAUCGAGGUUCCGGCCAUUGUGAGACCUCACAUUAUCGGGAAAGCGGGGAUCAAAGUUCAAGAAUUGGAGAGUAUGACCGCUACCCGGAUUAAAGUUCCACAGCUGCAGGCCUCCGACGGACCACCCGCCGAGUAUGACGAUGAGGACACAAUCGAUAUCACAAUUGAGGGAGACGAAUAUGGCGUUACGAUUGCUGUGCACAAGAUCAAAGAAAUUGUUGCGGAGAGGACGAUCACUGUUACUACUCGUAUCCUUGACAUCCCUGGCGAAUUGUAUCCUUUCAUCCAAGGCCCGCACCGAAAGUUUAUCGAAGAGUACGAGACAAAGGUUCAGAGAGUACAGGUUCCUGACUACUUUUACUCGGCUAAGAAUCAGCCUUUCAGCCCUCCCUCCGGCCCCAUCGUUAUUACUGGUGAAAAGAGAGCGGUCCAGGAGCUUCGCGCUGAGAUUGAGCGCAAGGCCACAGAGUUCAAGGCUACCUUUCAUUCUGUCCCGGUCCCCGUCAACAAGGCAAAGCACCGUUUCUUCACUUCAAACAGAGGCCAGCUGAUACACCAGGUUCUUGCCACGGCAGGGUGCACCGUUAUCUUACCCGAGGGCGCCAAGGUUGAUAGCCUCAUCGUUUAUGGGCCGAGUGAUAAGAUCCCACAGGGCUACCAAGAGGUCAUGAAGGCAUCAAAUGCUUAUCAACAAGUUGCGAUCGAUGUGUGCAAGGCCUAUCCCAAAGCUCCCGGUGGGCCCAAACUCCCAGCGCGAGAUAUAACCCGCUAUCUCGAUCACACGGGGGAAUUCCAAUCGCUCCAAUCCGAGUUUGAUCUUGAAAUUACAACUCCCUCUCGUGACGAGCUGUAUGACCUUGACAAACCAUGUGUCAUUCAUAUUAUUGGAAAGUCAAAGGAUGGUGUUAAUGGGGUGAAAGCUAAGAUCCAGGAGCUCUACAGCAAACUAACGCCAGGCCAUAUCUUGCGGUUCGAGGUUGAACCUUUGCAUCAUAGAUUAAUUGUUGGAAGGGAUGGUCGAGGUGUCAGAAGGAUUACUGAGAGAUUCCUCGGCCUUUGUCUUCUACUCCCGGAAGAUGUGGGAGAGGCGGAGAUUGUUUUGAUCUAUGAUGGGCCUUCCCAAGACCCCGAAGAAAUUUCUAAGUCACUCGAGGAACUUAAGGAGCAUGUUUUGUCGUUGGUUGAGGCUCAGAAAUUUGAUGUUGCGGAGAAGAUUAUUACCAUUCCACAUGGUUUUCAUGCUAAGGUUCGGGGAGAGGAAAACACUACUCUUAAUGCUCUGAAUCCAACCUCUGUCCAUGUGUAUUUUGGUGCGCUAAAAGCACGGCUCGGAAACCCAGCAGCAGCUGCCUCACCAGGCGAUGAGGACAAUAUUACUAUCCGUGGAGCUAAGGCGGGUGUUGAUAAUUUGGCCACAGCGAUCAAACAAUUUGUUGCGAGCAUCCCUGAGGAUGGAAACAUCCCCACUGUGUCCGAACAAUUCACUUAUCCUACCGAGCUAUCCGCUCAGUUGAUUGGUGCAAAGGGUGCUAAUGUCAACAAACUAAGGGCUGAACUUGGGGUGGAAAUCAAUCUUAAAGAGGGACAGGGCGAGAUCAGGGGCAUUCAAGUUGCUGUGGAUGCCGCCAGGAGAAAACUCAGCCUCCAAAUUAAGGAGCUCUCGGACAAAGAUAUCAAACAUCUCAAGAUUCCUCAAGAGUUUCACUCUACCAUCAUUGGUUCCGGGGGAAAUUCAGUUCGCAAAUUGGAGACAAGAUAUGGUGUUCGUAUUAUGUUUCCUAAGCCAGGCAGGGAUAAGGAUGCCGAUGGCGCCGACGUCCCUGCCAAGCAGGAUGCGAACGAGGUCAUUGUCAAGGGUGGCAAGGAUGGUGUAAGCAAGGCCCGCGACGAGAUUCUUGCAUUGUUGGAGUAUGAGAAGGGUAAGAGCUUCACUACUAGUAUCCCCAUCACGGGACGGGGACUUGAGUUCAUGUUCAAGAAUGCCUCCAAGGAGAUUAAGCAACUCAGAGAUGAUUCAAGUGUCAGGCUUGAUAUCCCACAGCGCGAUGCUAUUGGGAAGGACGAACAGGCCGUCAUCAAGAUCCGUGGAACUGAAGAUGAAGUCAAGAAUGUCAAGACAAUCUUGUCCAAGAUUGUUAAAGAGGCAGAGCAGACCACACAGCGAAGUAUCAGUGUUGAGAAGAAGUACCAUCGUUCAUUGAUCGGCCCGGGAGGUCACACUCUCAAGGAGAUUGUUGUUGGUGCUGGUGGCCCUCAUGAUAAACAUGCGCUUGCUCGCACAGUACGUUUCCCGAACCAGGAGUCCGACAGCAGUGAGAUCAUUGUUCAAGGAAGCUCCGCAGUUGUCGAUAAGAUCGUUGCCGCCAUUGAGGAGAUUGUGGAGCAGAAAAAUAGCGAGAUCACCGGGACCGUUGAAGUUGCGCCAGAAAAGCACAGGCAUCUCAUUGGGCGCGAGGGAAGCAUCCGUCGGGAGUUGGAAGCCAAGUUCAGGGUUACCAUCGAUAUUCCCCGGCAGAAACCUGGUCAAACCAAUACUAGCCCUGAUGUCAAGAUCACUGGUAUCGCCGAGGACGUUGAUAAGGCCAAGGACCAUAUUCUUGAAAUGAUCAAGGAACCCGAAAGUGAGACAAUCGAGAUCCCCACUCGCCUGUAUCAUGCUAUCGCCGACGGUGGCCAGCUUAUCCGUCGCCUCCAACGAGAUUUUAGGGUAUCUAUCGACCACAACGGACAGCAGCGCCCCCCGAAGCCUGAAGAGCCGGAACCCGAUCUCAGUGGCUCUUUUCCAUUGAUCACCGAUGAUGAAGAAGAUGCCUCGCAAGGCUUUACUUGGGAAGUUGUGGAAUCAGAUAAUCAGGGUGGUGAAGAGGGUGACUUUCCAUGGGUUAUCAGAGGGAAGCUAGAGCAAAUCGCGAAAGCAAAGGCCGAGAUUGCGAAAGCUGUCGCGUUAGCACAACAGCAGUCAUAUAUAGGAUACCUUGUCCUACCGGACUCUUCCAAGUUCCGCCUCAUCAUUGGGCCUAGUGGAAGUCAGGUGGAGAAGAUCCGCCGUGAUACUAGUUGCCGCAUUGCAGUCCCCCGUAGCCAGGACGUUGGUGAGCCGAUUGUCAUGCACGGAAGCAAGGAGGGUGUCGAAAGGGCCAAAGAGAUAAUUCUCGGUCUGGUCAAUAAUGGAGAUUCUAAUGGGCAUGGGCGUCGUCGUGGUAAUGGCAACGGCGGUGCCUAAUUUGCCCACUUUGUUGAAUCGUGUCAUUCUAAAGGAUAUUGGUAACCUUUCGGUGUUUUAUUUCAAGGGUAGGGUCGAUUGGCUCUGAUAUUGGAGGUUAGGUCGGCUCGGGGGGUUAGUCAGGGGAUAUUAAUGGAGCGAGAAAAAUAAAAAAAUAAAAAAAUAGAUAGUUCUCAUGUA